GUCGCACAGUUGGUCAUUUGUGACCCUUGCGCGAAAGCGAAAGUAUUGCAACAUUUCUGGAGCGAGACAACCGACUUGUUACCUUCGUUUCUACACAUACGAUUUCAGUGUUUGCAACAAAUAAGGUGUGCAACUACCUCUGAUGAUGAAAUUCGCCCUGUCGGUCAUUGUGCUCAUCUGUCUGACAUCACCAGUCUUUGUUCAGUCGAUAACAUCGACACACACAUUUGCAAAGUCGUAUAUGGAGUCACGGACUGACCCCUCAGAGCCUAUGACAUACCAUACGACGACGGAGAUUGAAGAGCUCACGAGCACAACGUUUACUACAAUGGAUGCAGUGGCGUCAUCAUCAGAAGAGCCACCAAAACAUUGUGAAUGUGUCGGAGAAAAAGGAGAAAUGGGAGAGCCUGGAAGAGAUGGUCAAUCUGGUACCCCUGGACUUCCUGGUUUUCCAGGUCCACCAGGUCCACCAGGUCUAUCAGGUCAACAAGGUUUAGCAGGUCCAAUGGGUGAACGAGGCGUGAAAGGGGAGAAAGGGCAGCCAAGUAUGAGACCACCAAGGCCCCCACCUCCAAUGCACGUAAACUGGAAACAAUGUACUCAGACUGGAGGUUCAGACGAACGAAAUGGAACAUUAAUCAGCUGUCCAUUCAAUAAAUCUCGUAAUGAAUCAGCACUACACGUGGAGUUCGGAGGAACUCUACGAACGAUGCUCAAUUAUUCGGUUACAAAAGCAACUGCUGUUUGUGCUCGAUGGUACUUUACAUUUGAUGGAGAAGAAUGCCAACCACCAAUUGAUGGCGUAGUGCAUGAGGAUCAGAAAGGCAUUUCUCAUUAUCCGCACCAAAUCGGUGGUAUUUGUCAUAUGACAACGCCACGUGGCAGGGUUGACAUCGCAUUUCGCAUUGGGCACUGUUCUGAUGACAGCCGACAAGAGCAAGGCAUCACUUAUCUUGGCUUGGAUUCUGUUUCGCGAGUAAUAAUCACAGAAAUGCCACCACCUCAAAAGUGAAUUUGAGUUGUGAACUCUUGUGUGACUGAUGACUUUCGUGCUACGUAGUCAGCUACACACGUCAAAUCGUAGUUGCUACGUAUCAAACUGUAUGUCAAUUGUGCUACGUAUCUAGUUGUAUGUCAUUCUUGUUGUGACUUUCGUUACAAUAAGCAGUUCGACUAUGUUACUCUGCUUGUUGCAGCUAAGAAAGACUUGUGCAAGUAUAAAUGCAGU